AUGGCCGACGAACGCAAGAUCGCUGAGCGCAUGCUCAUGAAUGAGCUUAAAGAACUUUCCAAGGAGAACUGGGUGAACGCUGAGGUAGGUCUUCGGUUCCCUGCUGUGCUUUUAGGCUUGACCGGCCUUGCCACUGGAAGCGAUAACCCUCUAAUCUGACAUUCUGCUUUUUUCUUUUUUUUUCGUCAUGCUCUACAGCCUCGGGAUGGAAACUUGUUUGUUUGGGAUAUUGCCUUGAUUGUCGUAAAUCCUACGUCUUUGUAUUGUGGGGCUUAUCUCAAGGUACUAUCCCCCCCCCUCUCUCUGGUUGUGUGCCUGGAAUGGGCACCUUUGUCGGUGCAUUGCAUAAUCUCACUCGUUUGUGCUUCACCCUUUAGGCCGAGCUCAAGAUUCCGAAAAAUUAUCCGAUGAGCCCUCCCGAGUUCAAGUUUGUCCGUCCGCUGUUCCAUCCCAACAUCUACCCCGAUGGCAAGCUGUGUAUCUCGAUUCUUCAUGCCCCUGGGGAAGAUGAGACAUCUGGGGAGCUCGCUUCGGUACUUGGACUAGCGCCCCUCGCUUGGAGGGUGUUGAUCACAGCGGCUAACGGCUUGUUAGGAACGUUGGUCGCCGGCUCAGCGUAUCUUCACCGUGUUGAUCUCAAUCCUGUCGCUACUUGACGAUGCCGAGGUUUCCAGUGCGGCGAAUGUCGAUGCUGGCGUUAUGCUACGAAAGGAGCCGGAAAAGUAUAGGAAGGUUGUAAAGGAGCAUGUCGAGACUUCUAAGCGCGAUAUCCCGGCCGGGUUCAAGAUGCCCAGCCUUGUUGAGACUAAGCCUCCAGAGAAGGAGGAGGUCGAUGAUGACUUUUGGUGUGAAUUUGACGGGGAGAGUGAUUAUGGGGACACCAGUGAUGAUGAGGAUAUGGUUUUUGGUAUGAUUUCCCUUUUCGGGUCCGGAGUACGGUUUCGGUUUGCUGAUUUGGUUGAUGUUUAGAGGAUGAUGAAGAAUCUGAUCCCGAUGAGGCGGAGGAAAUGAAUCAAGACGGAGAGAAGCGAAGCUGUUGAACUCUCCGCCCAAUUAUGUUGUCUCGCUUGGCUGCCAUCUUAACUGUUCUGGGGUCCUGAGGUCGUAUUACAAUAUACUUUCUUCGCUAGUUCUUUUCUCUUCUCUUCUUUUUUUUCUUUUUUUUUUCUUUUUUCAGUGAUCCGUUUAUUGUUGCUUUUGAGCGGUUAAAAUCUUAGCGUUGCAUCUUCCCCAUUAA